CUCGGCUCGGUCCUGAGGAGAGGGACUCAGCCGCGGCUGCUGAACCCGGGCACCGGGAGGCGGUGGCAGCGGUGGCAGCGGCGGCGGCGGCGGCGGCAGCGGCGACAGCAGAGGAGGAAGGAGGAGAGAAGAAGAGCCAGGCGGAGUCCCCAACUACGACAGCGGGGACUGCGGGACCGGGGUAAAGCGACGGCGGCGGCGACGACGGCCCAGCAACCGUGAGGAGAAACAAAAGCCUUCUAAAUUACAGUUUUUAAAAAAAUCUGGGGGAAAAAAGAGAGCGAGCGAGCAAAGGGGGGAAGGCCCUUCUCUUUUAGAGUAACUACGCUGGUGGGGUUUUCCUAUUUUUCCUCUUCUUUCCCCCCUGCGGAGAAUCGAACUGAGAGAACUGAACAAACCGCCCCUGGGUCCCAUGAGGGAAAAAAACCCCGGAGCCGCAGAGAGGGGUAGAGGCCGAAACCGCAGGACCUUCCAGGUCGCCCCCUUGGUCCCCGCACCCCGGGGCCGCCAGCUUUUCCUCGUCGAGUCUCGCUAAUCCGUCCUGAUCGCGACAUCCCCAAGAGGGAGAAACGGGUGUUUCCAACCCAUUUCAUGGGGGAGGGGAGGCCGGGGGGAGCCCCAGGAACAGCGACAGCAGCAAGAUCUGCACCCAGAGCUUCAAGAACAGCCCCAGAGGCCAAAACUGCACCCCGUGAAAGAUCAGAAACAGGACCAGGAACAGCAGAAACUUCCCUGCAAUCAUCUUUCCAUUAGUCAAUGCUGAUUUCCUCUCCCGCAACCAGGAAUUCGCCUCCCACCCCAAAUAACCUAAUAUAAUCUAUAUAUAUAAAUAUAUAAUAUAUAAUGUUCUUAAAUUAUUCCUGAUUUUUUUUAACCAAGCUGCCAAGAAAAGAACGUAUUCUCCCCUUAGCCCUAUUCUAAUUUUUAUGUGAGUGAAUCUAAACUGCUGAAGAAGACCAUAUGUGAUUGUUAAAUUAUAUAUAUAUAUAUAUUUUUACUCCGCGCAAUGCUUAUUCUUCUACAUCCAUAGAUGCUUGAGAAGCUGUGUUUUUGUCAUUCAUGUACGUUUUCCUUUGGAAAAAGAAAGCGCCUAUUUUACUAACCAAAGACUUGAUUUUUACCCUCUCCGUUUUUAUUCCCUCCUAGAAUAAGUUGGAUUCAUGUCAAUGUUUUAAGACAUUUUUUUUUUUUUUUUAGUUUUUUUCUUUUUUCUUUCAGAGACCAGAAUUCCAAAUCUGUACUAUUUAGGGUGAUAAGCUGCGAUCUUUGAGCUAGCUAAAAAUAAGACAUUUCAAACAAGCAACUUAAAUUUAGGGUAGAGGAUACAAAGGCGUGAGACAUCAGGUUGUUGUUUCUUUUUAUCAUAAGAUUCUGAGCCUAAAAAUAAUAAAUGGGGGAUUACGGGUUUGGAGUGCUAGUGCAAAGCAAUACUGGGAAUAAAUCUGCUUUUCCAGUCAGAUUCCAUCCACAUCUGCAGCCUCCACACCAUCACCAAAAUGCCACCCCCAGCCCUGCUGCUUUUAUAAAUAAUAACACAGCUGCCAAUGGCAGCAGUGCCGGGUCAGCUUGGCUCUUUCCUGCUCCGGCUACCCAUAACAUUCAGGAUGAGAUCUUGGGAUCAGAAAAGGCAAAAAGUCAGCAACAGGAACAGCAAGACCCUUUAGAAAAGCAGCAGCUCUCCCCCAGUCCAGGUCAGGAAGCUGGAAUACUGCCUGAAACUGAGAAAGCAAAAUCUGAAGAAAAUCAAGGGGACAAUUCUUCAGAAAAUGGCAACGGGAAGGAGAAAAUAAGAAUCGAAUCACCAGUGUUGACAGGGUUUGAUUAUCAAGAAGCCACGGGGCUAGGUACUUCAACCCAACCCUUGACGUCUAGCGCGUCGUCUCUUACUGGUUUCAGUAACUGGUCAGCAGCGAUAGCACCUUCCUCCUCUACAAUCAUCAAUGAAGAUGCAAGUUUCUUUCACCAGGGAGGGGUCCCGGCUGCUUCGGCUAAUAACGGUGCUCUGUUGUUUCAAAAUUUUCCCCAUCAUGUCAGCCCUGGCUUUGGAGGCAGUUUCUCUCCUCAGAUCGGGCCUCUCUCACAGCACCACCCCCAUCACCCUCAUUUCCAGCAUCAUCACAGCCAGCAUCAGCAGCAAAGGAGGUCUCCUGCCAGUCCCCAUCCCCCACCUUUCACACAUAGAAAUGCUGCUUUUAACCAGCUGCCUCAUUUGGCGAAUAAUCUUAACAAGCCCCCCUCUCCAUGGAGCAGCUACCAGAGUCCCUCUCCUACACCGUCUUCUUCCUGGAGCCCAGGAGGUGGUGGAUAUGGUGGCUGGGGAGGUUCCCAAGGCCGAGAUCACCGCAGAGGGCUGAAUGGAGGAAUAACGCCCCUGAACUCCAUCUCGCCUUUGAAGAAAAAUUUUGCAAGCAAUCAUAUUCAGCUCCAGAAGUAUGCUCGCCCCAGCUCUGCCUUUGCUCCUAAAUCCUGGAUGGAAGAUAGCUUGAACAGGGCUGACAACAUUUUUCCUUUUCCGGAUCGCCCCAGGACUUUUGACAUGCACUCACUGGAGAGUUCACUCAUUGACAUAAUGAGAGCUGAAAAUGAUUCGAUUAAAGGUCGUCUAAACUAUUCAUAUCCAGGAUCCGAUAGCUCUCUGCUUAUUAAUGGUCAGUCUUCACUGUUUCCAAUGGAAGAUGGAUUCUUGGAUGAUGGCCGUGGCGAUCAACCUCUUCAUAGUGGCCUGGGUUCACCUCACUGCUUCACUCACCAGAAUGGAGAAAGAGUAGAACGAUAUUCUCGCAAGGUGUUUGUGGGCGGAUUACCUCCUGACAUCGAUGAAGAUGAGAUCACAGCUAGUUUUCGUCGCUUUGGCCCUUUGAUUGUGGAUUGGCCUCAUAAAGCAGAGAGCAAAUCCUAUUUUCCUCCUAAAGGCUAUGCAUUCCUGCUAUUUCAAGAUGAAAGCUCUGUUCAGGCUCUCAUUGAUGCAUGUAUUGAAGAAGAUGGAAAACUCUACCUUUGUGUAUCAAGUCCCACUAUCAAAGACAAGCCAGUACAGAUUCGGCCUUGGAAUCUCAGUGACAGUGACUUUGUGAUGGAUGGUUCACAGCCUCUUGACCCACGAAAAACUAUAUUUGUUGGUGGUGUUCCCCGACCAUUGCGAGCUGUGGAGCUUGCCAUGAUAAUGGACCGGCUGUAUGGAGGCGUGUGCUAUGCUGGGAUUGAUACCGACCCUGAGCUGAAAUACCCAAAAGGAGCUGGGCGAGUCGCAUUCUCUAAUCAACAGAGUUACAUAGCUGCUAUCAGUGCCCGCUUCGUGCAGCUGCAGCAUGGAGAGAUAGAUAAACGGGUGGAAGUUAAGCCAUAUGUCUUGGACGAUCAGCUGUGUGAUGAAUGUCAGGGGGCCCGUUGUGGGGGAAAAUUUGCUCCAUUUUUCUGUGCUAAUGUUACCUGUCUGCAGUAUUACUGUGAAUAUUGCUGGGCUGCUAUUCAUUCUCGCGCUGGCAGGGAAUUCCACAAGCCCCUGGUGAAGGAAGGUGGUGACCGUCCUCGACAUAUUUCAUUCCGCUGGAACUAAAGGAUAACUACAGUGCUCAUUUUCAGGCCUCAGAAUAAGUGCACUCUUCUGUUAAUUCUGCCCCCUUCCUCAACCUCUUCAUGCUGGCAUGUCCUUUUGUGCAGUCUGUAACUUAACAAUAAGUCUAAUGGAAAGAAUGACCUAUAAUAUAGGCGUUUUGUAGAUUCUUGUGUCACUGAAAACAAUAUGUAUGAACUCCUUUUUCGUAUUGCCAUCAUGUUGCAUGGAAGUUUCAUUCUCUUGUUUUGCUGGAGAUAAGAGGAUCCAAACUUCCCGCAACAUUUUCUUAGAGGAGAGAGAGAAAUAUUAAAAGAGAAAUGAAACAAUAGAGUAUUUUGGGUUUUUAAUUAAAUUAUUGUUAAUAAUAGAUAAGAAUACUUUUAUUAAAAUAACCACAUAACAAUAACACUAUCAAUCUCUCCUGACGCGGGGUUUCCCCCAGGGAAGUGCUUUUGCCUUUCUCUUUCUUUUCUUUCAUAUUUUUUGCCUUUCUCUUUUUUUCCGUCCCCUUUUUAUUCUUUUAACAGCAGUGGAAGAAGUUAACAAUUAUUAACAGGAAGGAGCGUGUUAAAGCAAACACAAAUGCAUGAGCAAGAUUGAAGCAGCAUUAUAACUAAUUUUAAGGGUUUAGAGGCGGAAUGUAAUUUCAUUAUGCCGCAAAGUUACUACCACAUCAGAAAAAAGAAAAUAGUAAAGUAGGCAGAGCUAGGUUUAUUUUCUUUUAAACAGGUUUUUAAACUUAGAAUAUAAAAAUUGGGUACAUUUACUUCUGAGGGGAGUGCACUUAUUUAUUUUUAAACUUUUACUUAUCUGGUCACAGCCCCAGGAAACCUACCAAAGCUAGAGUUAAUGACAACUGGUGGGAAAACUAGCAUUUCCUCUUCUAAAGAACAAAUAUAUAAAUUUUAUUUUUGAUGUUAUAUAUAAACUCUAUAUCCUAAUUUACUAACACUCAUCAGGUGUCAGCCUUUGCUCUCCAUUUUGACGUUAAAAAAAAAACAAACAGAUCUAGAGAUACCUCAAGGAUAUCAUUUUUGAUUUUGUGUUAGACUACCAUGUGUAGCCAAAACUGGAAGACAAAACCAAUAUUCAAAUUGGCUGCUGAUUGGCUUACUUUUAGAUUUAAAGUUACUUUGGGUAUCCUGUAAUUUAGUUGUAACAUAGCAAAUGAAAAAAAAAAGUUAAAAAAAAGUAGUUGCAAGGUGUUUUGCACUGUUGAACUAAGUAACUGUGUAAAUCUGUGCAAAGGUACGUAUGCUUAUCUUACUCUUCCUAUAAAAUAAAAUAACAUUACAGUUUCAGAACUUAGCAUGGGACAUAGUCAGUGUUUGAAGUGCCAACUUCAUCAAGUAAUGCAUGCUUUAUUAUAAAUAAAACUAGCUUUUGAAAGGCGUUAUGAUGUGUUGAACAGUAUGCUUCAGGGGUAAAUUGAAAAUAGUCUCUUGAAGCCCUGGUCAUGGAAGUAACUUUUAUUUUUAUGGACAUUCUCUUAUGAAAUGCCCUAUCCACCAUGAAAAGGAUUAUCAUCAGUGUGCAAAACAUUAAAAAAAAAAAAAAAAAAACUAAUGGCAAUCUUGCUAGUUGUGCUACCUAACAGUACCAUCUUGGAUCCUUCAAAACCAAAGACUUGCCCCAGGAGUGCGGUGGAACCACCUGGCUGAUGACCCCUACUGAUCUGGAAAAGCAGUCCUUUAUUUUUAAUCCAGGCUUUAAUGAACUCUAUACCUGUUAAGUUCCAAAGGUCAAAAUGGAGGCAUUUGCUGUCUAAUAGAUACAGAAAGGGAGCUGCUUUUAAAGAAUCCCCUGCAAAUAUUGAAAGCGGUCAUGUGAAUGGAGGGUGCUCUUGCGUAGCUGGUCAGGGACUUUUUUUUCUUUUCUCCUGAACGACAUAAUUCUAAUUGGAAUGUUCAUUUGCCUCUUUUUAUUCUUUUCAGUGCUUGUAGGUGGCUUGGGGUGUGCUAUCGUGCUGUUCCUACUCAGUAAACAGGUGUGAUGAGCUAACAAGAAAUAAGAACUAGCUUUGAAUAAUAAUUUUUCCCUUUGUACAUGACCUGCUGAAUUUCGGUACAGUGUUUUUGUAGCUAACUUAUUUUGUCAUGCACAUAAUGUAUAUUUGUUAUGCACUACUUUUGUAUAUCUUGUUUUUCCAACAGUGAACAUUUUUAGGCACACUUUUCACUGACGGGAUAUCUCUUUAUGCAAUACCUCAAUUUUUCAUAUUGCAAAGAGUAGCUUUUUGUACUUUUAUUACUGAGAGAUCUUCAUAUACUUCAUUUUUUAAUAUAAAUAAUUUUAAUAAAUUUUAUUUUCUUAUAUUCUGCUUUUUAUACAUUUCAGUGCUCUGCAUACAUUUUAAAUUAUGAAUGUUGUGCACUGGCAAUGCUAUUUUAGAGUCUGCAGAGAAGAGAAAGCAUGUUGCUUAAACAUCCUUCCCCAGCACCAGCUAUUGGUGUACCUAUAAUUUAAGAAAUAGUCUAUGUAAAGUCACAAAUUAAUGAAAAAAAAUUUGCAUGAAAAUGACAGAUAACACUGUAGUUCCUUAAAAAAAAAUUAAAUGCAUAAGCAUAGGGUAGAAAUUUAAAAUAACAAAAUUGUCUACAGCUUCUUACUAAGUUUUUAAAAUUAUUCAUAAUGCAGACAUUUUUGGUGAAUGUUUAGCCAUUUUUAAUAUUAAUAAAUUGGUGUUAAGUGUUUGAUUCAGAGAUGUCUGCUCUUUUAAAUUAUAUAUAAAGAAAAAAAAUAGCCUGCCGUGGGACAGGUGUGUAAUGUUAGUAUGCAUGACUAAUGUAAGAAAUUGUUAUUCUACUAAUAUUUACUUGUGAUUGUGUGACAAGCGUGUUUACAGAUUAUUUGGUUACACUUCAAUUUACAGGGCAUAAACAAUUAUUAUCUAUUACUCCGGACUUUAUUGAUUACAUGUCCUUCAGAUUACAUGGGAUUGUAGUUGGGAGUUACCAUGUAACUCAAAACAUAAUUAACAUGUAAUUAGUUUACAGAUUUUAGGGUAUCACUUCAAUGUACCAAGCAUGUAGUUCUAGCGCACUAGCAUGGCACCAGCCAUGUACUUACAAUGUAGUUACAGAGUAAUUACAUGGUUAUUUUUGCAAUGUAAAAUAAAGUGUUUCUGAUUAUUUUCUAUGUAAAGGAACCCUCUCCCUUCCCCUUCUGGUCCCUAAGCUUCGGUAAAAUAUAUAUACUUCUCCAUACACAGACCUCUGCAGAAUGCAAAAUAAAACUUGCAGUGAAUGAAUUUAGCAUUUUAUGAGAGUGCUGUUGGAAAGACUUGAUAAUUCACCCUUUUUGUUUUGAAGAGUUGAAUCUUCUGUUAAAAGGUGAUUUAAAACUUGAAUGUGAUGAAUUGUGGCAAGUUAACUUCAAGUUAUGUGCAAUACUUAUUUCAAACUUUUGAAAGAUCUUUGCAGUGUAAUUCUUUGUUUUUAAUUACAGACAUUUAAAAAUGUCAUUUUCUACUGUUAAGAGUAAUCCUCUUUCUUGCUGGUGUUUCUAAAGAAAAGAAUCAGAACUCAAUCUUUCUACUAAUGUAAAUUUGAGAUUAUUUUUAAAAAUGGAAUAAAAGAGGUUUUGGUCAUUUGCUUUAUUUUAUUAUCUUAUUUUAAAGCUACUGUGAUUGAUAGCAUUGUAAGA